CAACACUUCUUUUUUUUUGCCUUACAAUUCUCCAUCUUUUGCUGCCUUUUUGGUCACCAAAACAACUUCUCCAGUAGUUGGUUUACCUCUUCCUCUUUCUUCUUAUGUAUAUAGAAAGUAUUAUGCUGUAAUCAUGAAUAAUCACUUCAAGAAAUGAUGACUAUCUCAGAGCAUUACUAUUCUUUCUGGUCAUUUGGGGUCUUUUUCUUUCUUCUUUUAUGUCCUUCAUUUGGUCUCAACAUAGAUGGAACUCUCUUAUUGUCUUUCAAAUACUCUGUUCUUGAUGACCCUUUAUCAGUUCUUGAUAAUUGGGACUAUAAUGAUGCAACCCCAUGUUUAUGGACUGGUGUAACUUGUGCACCAGACAUGUUUAGAGUCAUUAGUUUAUUACUCCCAAAUUCUAAGCUUAUUGGUUCUGUUCCACAAGAAUUAGGCUUUCUUCAACAUCUUCAUACUAUCGAUCUUUCAAAUAAUUUCUUGAAUGGAACACUUCCUGUUUCACUUCUCAAUGCUUCUGAACUUCAAGUUCUUUCACUGUCAAACAAUGCUAUUUCUGGUGAGCUUACUGAGUCUGUUGGAGUGUUAAAGAGCUUAAAGGUUCUAAAUCUUUCUGUCAAUGCAUUUGUAGGAAAUAUCCCACAAAAGCUAAGUUCUUUGCAGAAUCUAAAAGUUGUUUCUUUGAGUAAAAACCUAUUUUCUGGUGCAAUACCAAGUGGAUUUCAGUUUGUUGAAGUGUUGGAUCUUUCUUCUAACUUGUUGAAUGGAACAUUACCUGAUGAUUUUGGUGGUGAUAGUUUGAAAUACUUGAACUUUUCAUCAAACAAGUUAUCUGGUUUAGUGUCACCACAAUUUGCCAAGAAAAUACCAACAAAUGCUACAAUUGAUCUUUCUUUCAACAGCUUUACAGGUGAAAUCCCAGAGUCAUUAGCUUUAUCAAACCAGAAAACAGAAUUCUUUGCAGGAAAUACAGAUCUUUGUGGCAAACCACUCAAGAAACUCUGUACAAUCCCUUCAACACUUUCAUCUCCACCUAAUAUAACCACUAAUCCUCCAGCAAUUGCAGCCAUUCCAAAAGAAAUUAACUCAACCCCACUUCAAGAUUCUGAUGGAACAACUCAAACUGCAGCUCAGAAUCAACAACAACAUGGGCUAAAGCCAGGUACCAUAAUGGGAAUCAUAGUUGGUGACUUAGCUGGUGUUGGUGUUCUUGCUAUUGUCUUUCUUUAUGUCUACAAAUUGAAGAAGAAGAAUAAAGCAAGUGAGGCAACUAUAGAAAGCUCAUUUGACAAAGAUCAAAAAUACAACAAAACACCAGAACCAUCAAUACUUGUUGUAAAAGAAAAAGACACCAUUUUUCCUAGUUGGCCAUGCUUGACCAUAAAUCAAGAAAGUUCAGAUACUGAUGACAGCAAAAACCAAGAAAGUGAAGACCAAAUUGAGUAUGAAACAGAACAAAAGAAUGAGAAAAACAAGAAAACAGAAAGGUCAUUUGUAAUGGUGGAUGGUGAAACAGAAUUAGAGCUAGAGACUUUGUUGAAAGCUUCAGCUUAUAUUUUGGGGUCAAGUGGAGCUAGCAUAGUUUACAAAGCUGUGUUAGAAGAUGGAACUGCAUUUGCUGUUAGGAGAAUUGGCGAGAGUGGUGUUGAUAAAUUGAAGGAUUUUGAGCAACAAAUUAAAGGAAUUAACAAGCUAAGGCAUCCAAAUCUUGUUCGUGUUAGAGGAUUCUAUUGGGGAGAUGAUGAGAAAUUAGUCAUCUAUGAUUAUGUUACUAAUGGAAGCUUAGCCAAUAUUGGUUACAGAAAAGUUGGUUCCUCUCCUUACCAUUUAUCAUAUGAAGUUCGGCUCAAGAUAGCAAAAGGAAUUGCAAGAGGAUUGACCUACAUCCACGAGAAGAGACAAGUACAUGGCAAUAUUAAACCUAGUAACAUUCUCUUAACACCAGAUAUGGAGCCCAUAAUAAGUGACAUUGGGCUUCAUGGGCUAAUGCAUGGUAAAAACACCUCCAAACCGGAUAAUUCGGGCCGGCAUUUCGGUAGCAAGCGGUCCACAUCCUCCUCCCGGGACGGUUUAAAUGAUCAACCUGUUCAUGGAAGUCCUUACAUUGCCCCAGCCGGGUUCGUGGUAGGGUGCACGUCCCCCUACCACGCCCCGGAGUCGUUGGAGAGUCUCAAACCUAGUCCUAAAUGGGAUGUCUACUCAUUUGGGAUUGUGUUGCUUGAGCUUUUAACCGGGAAAGUAUUCUCGGACCGGGAGUUGAGCCAGUGGACCAACGGUUCAGAAUCGGAUGACGUGGACCGGAUUUUGAGGAUGGCUGAUGUGGCGAUUAGAGCUGACGUGGAGAGUAGGGAAGAGACCACGGUGUCAUUGUUUAAGUUAGGUUUUAGUUGUGCAUCAUUGAAUCCACAAAAAAGGCCUACAAUGAAAGAUGCCCUUCAUGUGCUUGAUAAAGUACCAGGUUAUUCACAUUACUAAUCAUUAUGUUGGAACCAAGAAAAGCUAUAAAGAGCUGUUUAGCUCUCUUUAAUUUGUUCUUCUUUUGACUUGGAAAGAUUUUUGCUCCAUAAAGAUGAGAAGAACCGUUGUGUUGUAAUUGAUGAAAGUGUUUGUAAGUUUGACAAAUUGAUCAAGAGUGUAUUUAUUUGAGUUUUUCAAUAAUAGUAG